AUGGGUCUCUUUUCCCGCCGAGCUCAAGGUCCAGCUGCAAACGGCCAUACUCACAAUGGUCAUGCUCUUCGUCACGAAAAACGAGCCCGUCCGGGACGUUUCGACAUUGACUCUGGCGACUUCAACCGUAGACCGAGCUUCGGGCAAUGGCUGAAGUUCACGUGGCUGGAUAUUUUAACCAUGGCUGCGAUGGGCGCCAUCGGCCUCGGAGUCUACGAAGCCAAACCUGCUCCGAGCCGCUCAUUUCCAGUGACCUUUUCUGAUGGAGAGAUUGUCUAUCCCGAGUUUGCCUAUCCGCUGCGCCAUGAAAUCGUCCCAAUCUGGCUUGCUGCCCUUCUUGCCUCUCUGAUCCCAAUCUUCGUCAUCCUGUGUAUGCAAAUUCGGAUUCGCUCUUUCUGGGACGUCAACAAUGCAAUCAUCGGUCUCUUGUACUCCCUCAUUGGAGCGGCCGUGUUUCAAGUCUUCAUCAAAUGGCUUAUUGGCGGAUUGCGGCCCCAUUUCUUGAGCGUCUGUGACCCAGACCCAGCGUUGAUGGCGGCUCACCCUGGUGGAGGGUUCCAAAACAUCAUGUUCCAGAGAAAUAUCUGCCGGGGAGAUGUCAACCAGAUCGACGACUCACUCGAAUCUAUGCCAUCCGGUCACACUACCGCUGCAUUUGGUGGCUUCCUCUACCUCUACUUCUACCUCAACGCCAAACUGAAGGUGUUUAGCAACCACCACCCAGCAUUCUGGAAACUCAUUGUCACGUAUGCUCCCGUGCUCGGUGCUUGUCUGAUUGGUGGUGCCCUCACCAUUGACGAAUACCACAAUUGGUACGACGUUUUUGCGGGCGCCGUUAUUGGGUCGGUCUUUUCGAUCUCAAGCUAUCGCAUGGUCUAUGCCUCCGUCUGGGACUUCAGAUUCAACCAUAUUCCCUUAACUCGCCACACUCCGUUCUCCUUCGGCGCAGGCGCUGCAGGCGCUGGAGGUUUCGAAACUGCAGUCUUCACCAGACAAGCAGGGUGGGGAUACGAAGAGCAUUAUGGCGGCGCGCCCUUCGAUGCUGCUCAUGGUCUCAGGGGCCAAGCUGCUGGGUUCAACACGGGUGCAGUGCAUCAAGAACGUUAUUUCAACAAGAGCGAGGGCGAUGUGGAGCGCGAUGCUGGUCUACACCCGACAGCCGGCACCACGAACGGCUAUGGAAAUGGCGCGUCGUCAGUGGGAGAUCCUCCCGCUGCCGUGACCAACGGAACGCACAACUCCAGUCGGAAGAGCCUGGAGCGCAAACUUGUGUCCACUUCAGCAUGA